GCAGCGGCUCAGCAACUCCUCUGCUAGCGGACUGUGACUAGACUACUCCGUGCUGGGCAGGGCAUGUCUGAAAAAAGGCAGCAACAAGACAGGAAAUUAUAAAGCCAACCUUCCUGGGACAGAGCACCUGAGAAAGAGGCGGUCAUGAGUUCCGCUGCAGCAGACUUAAAAGUACAGGCUAAGCAGCUCUGCACAGAAUGGCGGAGCUCCCAGCAUAGCAUUUGAGCUCCUAUAAGGGAAAGUCUGUCUCCUCAAGCAACUCCCUGACCCCGUAUACCCAAAGAGACACCUCAUAAAGGACAGCUCAGACUUACAUCUAGCAGGUACCCUUCGGGGACGAGGAUAGCAGAGGAAAAAAACCGAGAGCAACCCUUGCUGUUCUGCAGCCCCCACGGGUGAUCCCAGAGGAGUGGGGUCUGGAGGGGACCUCCAGCCAUCCUGCAGCAGAGGGGCUGGACUGUUAGAAGGAAAACUAAGAAGCAGAAAGAACUAGCUUCAACAUCAACAAAAAGGACAUCCACUUAGAGACCCCAUCCGAAAGUCACGAACCACAAAGACCACAGGUAGAUAAAGCCACUGAGAUGGGAAGAAACCACUGCAAAAAGGAUGAAAACACCAAAAACCAGAAUGCCUCUCCUCCUCCAAGGAUUCACAACUCCUCACCAGCUAGACAUCAAAGAUGGAUGGAGAACGAAUCUGAUGAACGGACAGAAACAGGCUUCAGAAGGUGGGUAAUAAACUUCUCAGAGCUAAAAGAACAUGUGGUAACCCAAUGCAGAGAAACUAAGAACAGACAAAAGGUUAGAUGAGAUGCUAAUGAGAAUAACAGCUUAGAGAAGAAUAUAAACGACUUGAUGGAGCUGAAAAACAUAGCACAAGAACUUCAUGAAGCAUACACAAGUUUCAAUAGCCAAAUCGACCAAGCAGAAGAAAGGGUAUCAGAGAUUGAAGAUCAACUCAAUGAAAUAAAACAAGAAGGCAAGAAUAGAGAAAAAAGAGUGAAAAGAAAUUAACAAAGCCUCCAAAAAAAUGGGAUUAUGUGAAAAGACCUAAUCUAUGUUUGAUAAAUGUACCUGAAUGUGACGAAGAGAAUGAAUCCAAGCUGGAAAACACUCUUCAGGAUAUUAUACAGGAGAACUUCCCCAACCUAGCAAGGCAGGCCAACAUUUAAAUCCAGGAAAUACAGAGACCACCACAAAGACAUUCCUCAAGAAGAGCAACCCCAAGGCACAUAAUCAUCAGAUUCACCAGGGUUGAAAUGAAGGAAAAAAUGCUAAGGGCAGCCAGAGAAAAAGGUUGGGUUACCCACAAAGGGAAAAACCAUCAGACUCACAGGGGAUCUCUUGGCAGAAACCCUAGAAGCCAGAAGAGAGUGGGGGCCAAUAUUCAACGUCCUUAAAGAAAAUAACUUUCAACCUAGAAUUUCAGAUCCAGCCGAACUAAGCUUCAGAAGCGAAGGAGAAAGAAAAUCCUUUAUGGACAAGCACUUGCUGAGAGAUUUCAUCACCACCAGGCCUGCCUUACAAGAGCACCUGAAAGAAGCCCUAAACAAGGAAAGGAACAACCAGUACCAGCCACUCCCAAAACAUACCAAACACAACCAUCUGAUCUUUGACAAACCUGACAAACACAAGCAAUGGGGAAAAGAUUCCCUGUUUAAUAAAUGGUGUUGGGAAAACUGACUAGCCAUGUGCAGAAAGCAGAAACUGGACCCCUUCCUGACACCUUACACUAAAAUUAACUCCAGAUGGAUUAAAGACUUGAACAUAAGACCUAACACCAUAAAAUCCCUAGAAGAAAACCUAGGCAAAACCAUUCAGGACAUAGGCAUCAGCAAAGACUUCAUGACUAAAACACUAAAAGCAUUGGCAAAAAAAGCCAAAAUAGACAAUUGGGACCUAAUUAAACUCCAAAGCUUAUGCACAGCAAAAGAAAACACCACUAGAGUGAACAGGCAACCAACAGAAUGGGAAAAAAUGUUUGCAAUCUACCCAUCUGACAAAGGGCAAUAUCCAGUAUCUACGAAGAACUAAAACAGAUUUACAAGAAAAAAACAAACAAACCCAUCCAAAAGUGGGAGAAGGAUAUGAACAGAUACUUUUCAAAAGAAGACAUAUAUGAGGCCAACAAACAUAUGAAAAAAUGCUCAUCAUCACUGAUUAUUAGAGAAAUGCAAAUCAAAACCACAUUGAGAUACCACCUCAUGCCAGUUAGAAUGGCAAUCAUUAAAAAGUCUGGAGACAACAGAUGCUGAGAGGAUGUGGAGAAAUAGGAACACUUUUACACUGUGGGUGAGAGUGUAAACUAGUUCAACCAUUAUGAAAGUGUGGCACUUCCUCAAGGAUCUAGAAAUGGAAAUUCCAUUUGACCCAGCAAUACCAUUAUUGAGUAUAUACCCAAAGGAUUAUAAAUCAUUCUAUUAUAAAGACACAUGCACACAUAUGUUCAUAGCGGCACUGUUUACAAUAGCAAAGAUCUGGAACCAACCCAAAUGCCCAUCGAUGAUAGACUGGACAAGAAAAAUGUGGCACAUAUACACCAUGGAAUACUAUGCAGUCAUUAAAAAAUGAUGAGUUCAUGUCCUUUGUAGGGACAUGGAUGAAUCUGGAAACCAUCAUUCUCAGCAAACUGACACAAGAACAGAAAAUCAAACACUGCCUGUUCUUACUCAUAGAUUAUAUCAAAUCCAAUCCCUGAAAUGGAAGAAGCCAAAAGCCUAAGUUUGGAGGAAGACUUUGAAGGACAGGCCACACAUACAGGACCCAAAGGAGUAAUAAAUGAUUGGAGGAAGUUUAAAUUAGAGAGUGAAGACAGUGAUUCAACUCCACCUAGCAAGAAGGAGAUUCUCAGGCAAAUGUCUUCUCCUCAGAGUAGGAACAGCAAAGAUUCAAAGGAACGAGUCAGCAGAAAGAUGAGCAUUCAAGAAUAUGAACUAAUUCAUAAAGAGAAAGAGGAUGAAAACUGCCUUCGUAAAUACCGUAGACAGUGUAUGCAGGAUAUGCACCAGAAGCUGAGUUUUGGGCCUAGAUAUGGGUUUGUGUAUGAGCUGGAAACUGGAGAGCAAUUCCUGGAAACGAUUGAAAAGGAACAGAAGAUCACCACGAUCGUUGUUCACAUUUAUGAAGAUGGCAUCAAGGGCUGUGAUGCUCUAAACGAUAGUUUAACAUGCCUUGCAGCAGAAUACCCUAUAGUUAAGUUCUGUAAAAUAAAAGCUUCGAAUACAGGUGCUGGGGACCGCUUUUCCUUAGAUGUACUUCCCACACUGCUCGUCUAUAAAGGUGGGGAACUCAUAAGCAAUUUUAUUAGUGUUGCUGAACAGUUUGCUGAAGAAUUUUUUGCUGGGGAUGUGGAGUCUUUCCUAAAUGAAUAUGGGUUACUACCUGAAAGAGAGGUACAUACCCUAGAGCAUACCAAAAUAGAAGAAGAAGAAGAUAUUGAAUAAAGAAUCACGAUGUCAGUACCUCCUGUUUAUCCUUUAGGCACUGGACGAUGGUUUUGGUAGUAUCCAUAUUGCUUUAGUGAACACAAUAUGGACAUGGCUAUGUUAAUUUGACAAAAAUGAUUGAUGCAACAGUUGAACUAUUAGCAUUUCUUAGUAUUAGUUAUUCCAACUGAUACAAUGCUUCACUACAAAACACAGUUGUCUUCAGCAACAUUACUAGUAGACAAAGAGAAUGAGGAUAACAUAAAGACAUUUUUAAAAAAUCCCUUUCAAGUUAUGUUUUGGCUUUUUUACUCCAUGUUCCCUCCUCACUGUUAUUAUUAUUUGGGCUUUCCAAAUUACAUUAUUAAUUAUAACUGUAUUUGUGUAAUAAAAAUAAAAUCUCAUGAGGAAAUAAA